CUCACCGAGAGAGGCCGUGAUUGGCUCAGGGGAGCUGUCAGUCAACAGUGUAGGACUGCACACAAAUCGACGAGGGAGGACCGGUUUCAAAUUCGGGACUCGGUACCAGUUUCAACUAGGACAAGACGCGCAAGGCCACAUGGAGAUGAGGAUUUUCACUGUUACUCUUCUAUAUCUAAUGGCGACGGGCGCUGGUGCCUUAGAAGUGAGCAUCCCGGAGGAGCAGUACGAGUACGCCCGGGGGGACAACAUAACGCUGCCGUGUUCCUUUCAAUCCGUCUUCCCCAGGCCGUCGCAAGUGAUCAUCUUGUGGUCCGUGGAGGGAUUAGAAGCUAAUGCUGACGAGAAAAUGGUCGCCACUUAUUACUCUUCCGAUGCGUUGACGAAUUUCGGAAAAGCCUACGAACGGCGAGCGGCCUUGGACGUGGACCUGGCCACGGGGAAGGCCGACCUGAAACUGACCUCCAUCUCCCUCGCGGACAACAAAGAGUUCGAGUGCCGCGCCCUCAUCCCCGGCGACAGUGGGGGCACGCUGUUCGACACCACCCGCUUGGUGGUUCUGGUGGCUCCGUCUCCACCCAUCUGCAAAAUUGAAGGGAAAGAAGAAUACGGACAGAACAUUAACCUGACCUGUUUCUCAGAGGAGGGCUCACCACCCCCCCAGUAUGAAUGGACCAGCCUUAAUGCACGGAAUGUUCCCCAUGUCAAAGACCCAAGGACAACCAGCAAGGGUGGCGUUCUUUCUCUCUUCAACAUCAGCAAAGAGACGUCGGGAUACUACACCUGCACGUCAAGCAACAAGAUCCGCUCUGCCAUCUGCAACAUCACCGUCACGGUCAUGCCACCGUCCAUGAACAUCGGCUCAACAGCGGGAAUAAUUGCGGGAGUUGUCGCGGUGUUGAUCAUACUAGUCGUUGUCAUCUAUUGCUGCUGCUGCCGCAAGAAGAACGAAGAGGAGGAAUAUGCAUUGGGAGUUCGUGAGGAAGGGCACCCCGAGAAAGUUCCAGACCGCAACGGAGAUGAGAGGUCAGCUGUGAGACGCGAUGACGAGUCCAGCGAGAGGGCUCCCCUAAGGGAGAGAUAUGAAGAGGGACGCAGAGAUCCCGACGACCGGCGUAGCGACUACGACGACCGGCGUAGCGACUACGACGACCGGCGCAGGGAUCCCGACGACCGGCGCAGGGAUCCCGACGACCGGCGCAGGGAUCCCGACGACCGGCGCAGGGAUCCCGACGACCGGCGCAGGGAUCCCGACGACCGGCGCAGGGAUCCCGACGACCGGCGCAGGGAUCCCGACGACCGGCGCAGCGAUUACACCGAUCGGCGCAGUGACUAUUCCAACGUGCGCGACGAGUACAGCCGUGAGCACUAA